UGCUGUUGGUGACAAUAGUACAUGUGAGGAUGAGUUUUGGAUGUAUAUAAUGGCUAAAAGGCUACAGGCCAAGGUCAUGCCCUUCAUACUGGACGUCACUAUAACCGCGAACCAGGCAGCUCGGGUAAACUCAGAAGAGGCUGCUCGUGAUGGCUUCGAGAAAGGAGAGCGAGCUAGUCGCGUGGUGGAGUGGUUUAAAGCUCAUUGCAGCGUGCAGUUGGCAGCGGUUGCAGUGUGUUAA